GAGCUAGUAGUGUGGGGCUUUUUGGGUUGUAGGGUCGGUCACAAGGGGUUAUCACCACGAGAAAAAGUCCAUUGAGGAGCUCAGCUACGACUACUCUCAAUUCGCGCUUUCCCGCUCCUUCUUGAAUCUCAAUUCACUAUUAUCCAUUUUCCUGUGAGACCCACAUCCUUUCACAAUUAUUUACAUUUUCCUCAAAGAAGAAGAAGAAGAAGAAGAAGAAGAAGGGUACUGUGAAAAAAGUAGUAGUUGGGGCCUUGGGGGUGUGAUGGGAAAGUAGUAGUAGGGAGAGAGGAGAGGUUGAUGAAUGUGGAGGAGCUGCCUCUCUGGAAAUGGACACCCCAGAGAGGAACCAGAUCGGCACUCCCAAAGCUAAAUUUGAGGAUUCUCCAGUGUUUAACUAUAUAAAUAGUCUUUCUCCUAUCAAGCCAGUGAAAUCUGUACACUUUACUCAGACGUUCAGCUCCCUUAGCUUCGCAUCCCUACCAUCCGUUUUCACUUCACCUCAUGUCAGUUCUCACAAGGAAUCCAGAUUCCUGAAGAGGCAUAAUGCUUCUGAUGAUCUGUCAAAACCUGAAUUUUCUCCGGAAAGUGGAAAUAAAGUCUGUGCAAGUGAAGAUGCUGCUCAAGUUUAUAACAACUCUUCAGAGAUACAAGAAGAUUGUGUUCCAGCGGUUCCCAUUGGAGAAACUUCUGUAGAGCCACCCAGUGAACACUCAAAGUUUGUGAUUGAGCUACCCCGGAAUUUGAACUAUGACUGUGGUAGCCCUGACUGCAACACAUCUCGUUGCAGUAUCAUCAAGGAAGAUUGUGACUCGGAAUUGGCUGAGUUUUCGGCUUCAGUUGCUCAAUAUGUUCAAGAAACUUCUGACAAAUGUUCAUCAGAUGAUGAAGCACAGCAGCAGUUGAUAUGCCAGAUUGAGCAAAGAAAAGAAGGGACAGGCUGUGAUUGGGAUAGUUUGAUUUCUGAUGCGGCUGACAUAUUGAUUUUUGAUUCCCCCAAUAGCACAGAGGCUUUUAAGGAGCUAAUGAACCAUUCCCUAGACCCCAUGACAAGGUUUUCUACUUCAAUUGUGCCGCACCUCUCGCAAAAUAACAUAGGUGAUGAGCAACUAGUGCAGGUCAUUGAUACAGUUGGUUCUGGUCAACAACUUCAAAUUGAAGAUCAUUCCUCUCAGAAUGGAGCAGCCAAUGAUCUGAAUGAAACAGAACACAUGCCGAACCAUUUAAACGAGUAUAUGGUGGACAAUCCAAAUGUUAAAGAAGAUAAUAAAGCGGAAACAUCCAUGCAGCUCACUUGUAAGCCUGUUAUAAACUUGCAUCGUGGCUUGCGAAGGCGCUGUCUAGAUUUUGAAAUGACGGGAGCUCGCAGGAAGAGUUUCGAAAAUGUUUCAAACUUUAGUUCUUCUAUGUUAUCUCAAUCUAAUGAGAAUGUCACCACAAAUGAUAAGCCAGCAUCUAUGAAACCUGGUGGUGAAUCCUCUAGGUGCAUCUUACCUGGAAUCGGUUUGCACUUGAAUGCUCUUGCAACAACCUCCAAAGACUACAAAAUCAUCAAGAAUGAAAAUUUGGCUUCUGGUAGAGAACUGAGUUUUCCCAACUCCAAUGCCUCCAUCCAUUCCCCCACAGCUGCUCAAGGGAGUGUUUAUGAGUCUUUCCCUUCAGCUUCUUCUGAAAGAGACAUGGAUGGCGCUGAAAAUGGGGUUCAGCUGUUGCAAGAUGCUUCCCAAACAUCCGCUCUUUUAGCAAAUGAAGACUUCAACCAGAAUAGCCCCAAAAAGAAGAGACGCAGGGCAGAACACACUGGAGAAGGUGAGGCUUGCAAACGUUGCAACUGUAAAAAAUCAAAAUGUUUGAAACUUUACUGUGAGUGCUUUGCUGCCGGUGUCUACUGUAUAGAGCCUUGUUCAUGUCAAGAUUGCUUCAACAAACCUAUUCAUGAAGAUACUGUGCUUGCAACUCGUAAACAGAUUGAGUCUCGCAACCCACUUGCGUUUGCUCCCAAAGUGAUUAGGAACUCUGAUUCUGCUGCUCCUGAAUAUGGGGAUGAAUCCAGCAAGACCCCAGCUUCUGCACGGCAUAAAAGAGGAUGCAAUUGCAAGAAAUCAAAUUGCCUAAAAAAAUACUGCGAAUGCUAUCAGGGUGGUGUUGGAUGCUCCAUUGGCUGCAGAUGUGAAGGGUGCAAAAAUGCAUUUGGUACAAAGGAAGGAUCUAUUAUUGGAACUGAAACUGAGCUAGACGAAGAAGAAACAGAAGCAGCCGAAAAGAGUGUGGCUGACGGAGAUCAACAGAAAAAUGAAAUUCAGAAAAAUGAAGAGCAAACCUCUGCCCUUCCCACAACGCCAUUACGGCUGUCCAGACAAUUAGUUCCAGUGUCAUUUUCAUCAAAGAACAAACCGCCACGAUCUUCUGUUUUUAGCAUUGGGGGGUCCUCUUCUGGAUUGUAUGCAAGCCAGAAGCUUGGAAAACCAAAUAUUCUGCGACCCCAAUCCAAGUUUGAUCAGAGGCAUAGCCAAACUGUUCCAGAGGAUGAAAUGCCAGAGAUUCUUCAAGGAAAUAGCUCUCCUACUACCGGAGUCAAGACUGUUUCUCCCAACAGUAAGAGGGUCUCUCCUCCAUGUACCUUUGGGUCAUCACCUGGUCGAAGGAGUGGCAGGAAACUUAUUUUGCAAUCCAUCCCUUCAUUUCCUUCUCUCACUCCCCAGCAUUGAGAUAUCGCAAAGUUGAAGUUGGAAAUGGAAUGUUCUUAGUUUACAUUAUAUUUAAAGGUGUGGUUUAGUUCUGUAUGUCAUUUGAGAGAAAGUCUUCUGUACUAGUACAAUAAACAUGGCAUGAUACUCUCAUCAUACCCAACUUAUCCUUGUAAAAUAUGGAAUUUCAGUUUAUAGUUUUCACUCUCCGCCCAA